GUAAUGAAAAUAAUUUUCAAACAUUAGUUAACCUGAAACAUGGGAACCAGAGCAGUUGCUGUAACUUCGACCACGAGCGCAGUUGUUUUGCCCGGAGAAGCUAAUCUAACCGGUGUUCUAAGACUUUUAGAAGAUUUGGCAAGGCUUUCCGAAGAUAAAGAAUCCGCAGACAUAGUUUUUUUACUUGGUAGAGAAGAAAGUCCAGUCUACGCACACAGAAUUAUCAUGCAAGCUCGAUGCAAAAACUUUUCAUCCGCUAAGUGUAUCGGUACUGCUGGAAAUCCAACUCCAAUUAGAAUGCCUCACGCUUAUCCAGAAACUUUUCGUCAAUUUAUACAUUAUGUAUACACUGGUAAAAUAAUGCUACAAGACAGCGGUAUAUUCGAAAUGCUAGGCCUAGCACAGGAAUUGGGAGUCGAAGAAUUGUGGCGAAGUUGCGAAGAACACGUAUCUGUCACGUUAAGUCCUAGCAAUGCUUGUGCACUAUUGAGCGCUGCGCUGGAUGCUCAAGAACGAAUUCUUAGCGUUAAAGGAGCAUGUUCUUCUUUUAUUGAGCGAUGUUUCGCUUACAUAGGGGAAAAUGCUGUGGAUACAGUGAAAACUAAUGCAUUUUGUAACUUACCUAAGGAUGCCAUAAUUAAACUUAUCUCCUCGGAUUACCUAGGCUUAGAGGAAGAAGAUGUGUGGAGAGCUGUCCUUAAUUGGGCAAAGUAUCAGACUGGAGUUACUCAGCCAACUCAACACUGGACCGAAGAAGAAAGAGCUAGAGUUUGUCAGCAUCUAUCCGGUGUUAUAAAUCACGUACGGCUGCUUUUAAUAGAUAGCCAAGUGUUUGCGGAAGAGGUGGAACCCACGGGAGCAGUUCCUAUUGAAUUAUCAUUGGAGAGGUACAGGUACGCUGCCCUACCUAACAAACACACGGACAUUUGCUCGGACAAACGUCUACAACCCCGAAUUGGACCCUUCCUCUUCCCAGGCUCUCAAAUCCUCUCAAAGGACAAAAUGGGUUUUCAGAGGCUAUUGAAUCAAUGGUACGGUGUGCCCAAGCAAUCCUGGCGCCUCGUUUACCGGGCAUCGAGCCACGGUUACGCGGCCUCGGCCUUUCACCGUUACUGUGACGGAGUCUCCCCCACUUACGUUAUCAUUCUGGGCUCGAGGGGUGAAAUUUGCGGAGGCUUCUGUGACAUACCCUGGGGUAAGACGAGUACCAAGUGUCAUCAGUACAUUCCAUCGGAGAAGGCUUUCCUCUACACUCUGAUAAACAAUCAAGACGUGCCUCCAACCAAGUAUGAUGUCGUUAAAAAGCCAUUUGCCAUCUGCCAUCACCCGGAAAUUGGGCCAAUUUUCGGAGCCGGUGCCGAUCUCUGUAUAUCGAGCAAUUGUAACAUCAACAAGGAAAGCUAUAGCAAUUUGCCACACAGCUACGACGGUGAAUACGCCUCGAAUUCCAUUCUCAUGGGGGACUAUUACUUCUCGGUUGUUAACUACGAAGUUUUUACAUUGAGCAGCGCAGGUUCUAAGGCGAAUCAUUAAUGUUUGUUGGAUUAAGAGGAGGUGAAGGAGGAAGAAGAGAUGGAGG